AUGUCUGGAGGUGCUGAGCCUGCGCGUGCUGCGUCUGGAGGUGCUCUAGGCGUCCCACCGCGGCGGGAGCCUCUCUCUCCACAGCAGCUUCGUGAGUGGUACUCUCGGCGCUGUCGGGGUGCUGCUGGAGCUACUGGAGGUACUGCUGGGGCUUCUGGAGGUGCUGCUGGUACUGGUGCUGCUGGAGGUACUGCUGGUGCUGGAGGUGCUGCUGGAGCUUCUGGAGGUGCUGCUGGUGCUGGUGCUGCUGGAGAUGCUGCUGGUGCUGGAGGUGCUGCUCGAGCUUCUGGAGGUGCUGCUGGUGCUGGUGAUGCUAGAGGUGCUGCUGGUACUGGAGGUGCUGCUGGAGCUUCUGGAGGUGCUGCUGGUGCUGGAGCUUCUGGAGGUGCUGCUGGUGCUGGAGCUGCUGGAGGUGGUGCUGGUGCUGGAGCUGCUGGAGGUGCUGCUGGUGCUGGAGCUGCUGGAGGUGCUGCUGGGACUGGAGACCCUGGGGCUGAGGGUACCGGUUCUGUCUCUGCUGUUUCUGGAGGCGCUGUGCGGCCGCGGCCGUACUACGUUCCGCUUCUUCAGCAGGUUCUUGACUCCCCGCCUUCUCCUGGUCCUCCUCCUCCUUUACUGAGUCCACCGCCUGUCCAGUCCCAGUCGAGGUUCCAGCCAGCCUCUCCACUGCCUGGUCCUUCUCCUUACUCUGGACCGACUAGAUGUCUUACGGAGCGUCGUGAGCCUGAGUCUCGUCCUGUGUCGCCUGAGUCUCGUUCUGCGUCGCUUGUCCGUCCUGUUCGCGCUGGUCGUGUUUCGCGUCCGCAUCCUCCUCCUGUCCCUGGCACUCACUCUAUGACUCUGCGUCUUUCCACUGCUCCACAGCGUGUCCCUCUGCCGUCUCCUCCUUCUUCCUCUCUUCCUGCCGGUCCGGACCCUGCGUUUGACUCCCUCCGUGCUGCUAGUCCAGCUGUCACGCGCUUUCUGGCCACUGCUGUCACUGACCCUUUGUUUGAGUCCACUGCUGCGUCUGCUCUUGUUACUGAGCUUGUUGACUUUGCUGCAGCAUGUCGCCUAGACUACACCGCUAGUCUUGUUACUGAGUCUGCGUGUGUGUCUGUCUGUCCUCCGUCCGUCGAGGGUGAGUGUGCUCUUAGCACGGACGUAAUUGAGGACAGACAGGAGGAGUUUGAGUGCUUUGCUGCUUCUGUACCUCAUCUCUGGCAGGCAGCCAUGGACGCCGAGAUGGCUUCCUGGAAGUCCACAGGCACCUACGUCGACGAGGUUCCCCCACCUGGGGCGAACAUCGUCAGUGGCAUGUGGAUCUUCAGGGUGAAGCGGCCGCCGGGUUCUCAGCCAGUCUUCAAGGCGCGUUACGUUGCACGUGGCUUCAGUCAGCGACAGGGAGUUGACUUCUUUCAGACCUUCUCCCCUACCCCGAAGAUGACAACUCUUUGGGUACUGCUGCACGUAGCUGCUCAGCGUGACUACGAGCUCCACUUGCUUGACUUCAGCACAGCCUUCCUACAGGGCAGCCUGCACGAGGAGAUCUGGCUGCGCCGCCCACCUGGCUUCACUGGGUCGUUUCCAGCUGGUACCCAGUGGAGCCUCCGGCGGCCAGUCUACGGUCUCCGCCAGGCACCUUGUGGGUGGCACGACACACUCAAGAUGACUCUUGCUGCUCUUGGUUUUGCUCCUUCCACUUCUGACCCUUCUCUGUUCUUACGCACUGACACUACUCUGCCGCCGUUCUACGUUCUCGUGUACGUAGACGACCUCGUCUUUGCUACUGCUGACACUGAGGCACUUGCCCACGUAAAGUCCGAGCUGCAGAAGAGACACACGUGCACAGACCUGGGUGAGCUCACAAGCUAUCUUGGCUUGCGGAUCACCCGGGACAGAGCACAGCGCACCAUUACCUUGACUCAGUCACACAUGGUGCAGCAGGUCCUUCAGCACUUCGGCUUCACGUACUCCUCGCCACAGUCCUCUCCUCUGCCUACCGGUCACUCGCUCUCAGCUCCACCUUUGGACGAGUCCGUAGAGCCGAGUGGCCCGUAUUCAGAGCUUGUGGGCUGCCUCAUGUACCUGAUGACUUGCACACGACCUGACCUCGCAUACCCUCUCAGCCUUCUGGCUCGCUACGUGGCUCCCGGCAGGCACCGAAAGGUGCACUGGGAUGCUGCGAAGAGGGUGUUGAGAUACUUGUGCAGUACAUCGGGCAUGGGGCUCGUGCUUGGAGGACGGGCUCGAGUUGUCCUCACUGGUCACGCUGACGCCUCCUGGGUUGAAGACUUGGCUACGCAGCGGUCGUCACAGGGUUACACCUUCAGUCUUGGCUCCGGUUCUGUCUCUUGGCGGUCUACCCGCUCUUCUUCUGUUCUCAGCUCGAGUUGUGAGGCUGAGAUCUACGCUGGGGCUAUGGCUGCACAGGAGCUAUGCUGGCUCACCUACCUGCUGACCGACUUGGGAGAGGCGCCUCGUUCUCCUCCAGUUCUGUACGUCGACAACAAGGCCAUGCUGGCCUUGUGUCAGGAGCACAGAACGAAGCACAUUGCUCUGCGCUACUUCCUUGCUCGAGAGUUGCAGCAGCGUGGCCAGCUUCGUCUUGCUUACGUGGCCUCACAGGCCAACACUGCUGAUGUUUUCACCAAGGCACUUCAGCCUUGUGAUCAUCAGCGUUUCUGUACUGUGUUAGGCCUUGUACCUACUGUGCCUCACUUGCUGACUUCUUGA